ACUAACAUGGUUUGUCUGUUUUUCAUUUGGGAUUACAACAACAUUGGUCGCACGCUUAGUUGGUUAGUGACCAACCCUGUCUCUCACACAUUCUCCUUCUUGUUCUCGUUUCACAACACUGUCAAAGAUCAUCAUUUCUUCAUUUUUUUUUCAUCUGUUAACUUCACAAAUCACAACACUCUCAAACAACAACAAUAUUCACACUAACCUUCACAGAUCCUUACAGUUAGUUACAUGGAAGCUUUGGUCAGUUAUGGGAUCAACCCAUUUCGUCUUAUUCCCACUACAAACCACCAUCAGUCUCGUUUUCUCUCUCAUUCACAACCAAAUCUCAAAAAGGGAUUUCAAAUUGGAAUACUGAAUAAUAAGAAGAAGCACUUUUCACCUUUGAUUAUGGCUGCUGCUGUUGGAAAUUCCUCCCAACUUGGUCAUUUUGAGAACACACUUCCUUCCAAAGAAAUUUUGGAGCAAUGGAAGAAUGGUGAUGCAGUAUGCUUUGAUGUCGAUAGCACUGUGUGUCUGGAUGAAGGAAUUGACGAGCUUGCUGAAUUCUGUGGGGCUGGAAAGGCUGUUGCAGAAUGGACUGCAAGAGCAAUGGGUGGUUCUGUUCCUUUUGAGGAAGCUUUGGCUGCUAGAUUAUCUUUGUUCAAUCCUUCUUUGGGUCAACUUCAGAAUUUUCUUCAGCAAAGGCCACCAAGGCUUUCUCCUGGCAUUGAAGAGUUGAUCCAGAAACUAAAGGCUAAUCACAAGCAUGUUUAUCUGAUCUCCGGGGGCUUUCGUCAAAUGAUUAAUCCUGUUGCUUCGAUACUCGGGAUUCCACAAGAGAACAUUUUUGCCAAUCAACUGCUUUUUGGAAGCUCUGGACAGUUUCUGGGAUUUGAUGAAAAGGAGCAUACUUCAAGGAGUGGAGGAAAAGCCACUGCAGUCGAACAAAUCAAGAAGGAUCAUGGGUACAAAGCAUUAACUAUGAUCGGGGAUGGUGCAACUGAUUUUGAGGCUCGCAGACCAGGUGGCGCUGACAUGUUCGUUUGCUAUGCGGGUGUUCAACUUCGAGAAGGCGUUGCUGCAAAAGCUGAUUGGCUAGUUUUCAAUUUUCAAGACCUUAUAAAUUCACUGGCGUAACGUUUUUCUCUAUUUUUUUUCCUUUCUUUUCGCUCGGGUGUGAUAGGUUUCCAAUUUUUCGAAGUUACCCUUCUAUAAUAUUAAGAGAGUCAUAGAAGUGUGAGGAAAGAAUGGAUUUGUGAAAAAAUUGGCAGGAAACAUAAAUGUGAAAUUCUGCCAUAGAUAGAUGCCAUUGAUUUUGUUUCUUUGGUAGAUCAGAUUUAUUCUUCUACCAAUGUUUUUAUUUUCCUUUUCUUUUUAUUUUUUUAUUUUCUAUUUUUUUCAUCUUUGGAGUGUUAUUUUAUUCAUGCAAAUGCCCUUGCACUGCAUUUGUAUUGUAUGUUUCAAUACACUUCAACAUUACCUAAGUUUUCUAUAAUUUAUAUAUUGCCUUUUGUUUGUAGA